GCGGUCACGCCGGGGACCAUGGCGGCUUUCGCGGUGCUGCGGCGGGCCUGGAUCUCGGCGGGGGGCGCUUACCGGCAGGUCCACAGAAUACCUGUCCCUCCGGGAUGGUCCCAAGCCAGAGCUCCUCCUGCUCCUCCGCCGAACAGUUUUCCUCUCCCUCCUUGGAGACCCGCAGUCCGGGGUCAGAGCACUGCAGCUGUGGCAGGCAUACAGGUUGCUCAGGCUGCAGCAACCCCCCCGGUGGGGAACGUCCUCCCUGUAGAGGAGCUUGGCCAACUCGUGCAGGAACCGACUCUGGCCGAACUGGGUCUGGGAAGCAACAGCCCGGUGGGCCUAAUCAUGAAGAUCUUGGAAUCUUUCCACCUGGACCUGGGGCUGCCUUGGUGGGGAGCCAUUGUAGCAGGGACGGUACUCAUACGCUGUCUGGUUUUCCCACUCAUGGUAAAGAACCAGCGAGACUCAAUCGCGUUAAGCAACCACAUACCCCAGAUUACCGUGUUAUCUGCUAGAGUCAGUGAGGCCAAGAAGACCGGCAACCGACAACAGUUUGUGAAAGCCGUUAUGGAUCUGGACCACUAUCAGAAAACUCAUAAUGUUAACCCCUUCCGAGGAUUCAUCACGCCCUUGGUCCAGGCACCCAUUUUCAUCUCAUUCUUCUUCGCCCUGCGCAAAAUGGCUGAGUUCCCUGUGCCCAGCAUGGAGACCGGGGGGCUGUGGUGGUUCACGGAUCUCACAGCUGCUGAUCCUUACUAUGUUCUACCCCUGAUGACCACCGUCUCCAUGUGGAUUAUUUUGGAGACCGGGAUGCAAACAGGAGCCCCGAACCCAAACCUCGAUCUAAUGAAAAAGGUUUUCCGAGUGAUGCCAGUGCUCUUCCUUCCUGUCAUAAUUUCCUUUCCAACGGCCGUCUUUACCUACUGGCUGACAUCCAACUUGUUCUCCAUUAUGCAAGUAUUGCUGUUUCGUUUGCCUGCCGCUCGUACGUUUUUCCACAUCCCUGAGAGGGUGGCACAUAAUCCUGAGUCCUUACCUCCCCAGCAAGAUUUUCUGAAGAGCAUCAAGGAAGGAUGGAAGAAUGUCCAGAUAGCUCAUCAGUUAGAGGAGCGAGAGCAGUACAUUAAAAAACAACUGGAUUCAACACGUAAAGGGUUGCUCCACCAAACUUUUCCCCAUAAACCUUUACAGCAUCCUAGCAAGCCGUCACCACAAAAGAGACAACUAGGGUGAAUGCCACUGAGUUCCAUUCAAGGCAAAAACAUUCUCCCAUUUCCCUUAUCCUUUUGCCCCAAUUUAAACUAUUAAUUUUGUUUUCCACUUGCUCUGAGAGCAUAUGUGUAAAUGUGUCUCUUUGUAAAUUUAUUACAUAAAACUAUGCUUUCAAUUAACAA